AUUUAAAAACUUGCAAUAACCUCCGCUUGGCUACAAGUGCAUUCUUGCCAGCCAUGGAAAACUGUAGCAAAGUAAGCACUUACUUUAACCAAUUGCGAAUCGAUAACUUUAAGAAGAAGAAGCAAAAUCUAUAUAAACAAUUGUGAUGUUUUAGUUGAUAUGUGUCUAUCAAUCCAUUGAUAGAAAGACUUGUUUUCGGAUAUAACUUUAUAAUCAUGACGAGCAGGAACAUUGUUCAACAGAGAUGUCGUACUUGCUUAGAUACCACGGAUGUAAACUUCCAUUCCUUGGACGGCAAACUCGUAAAAGAUAAUCAAAAGAAAACACUGGCAAGUUUUCUCUGGGACACAUGCAAAUUGGAGAAUCAUUCCGAAGCUGCAAAAUUUUUACCACAAAAAAUUUGCGGAAAUUGUUUGCGUAAAUUAAAAAUUACGUUUUCAUUUGUAAUGCAAGUGGAGGAGGUGAAUAGGAAAAUGAUGGCCAAUCUUCGUACCGUAAAAAUAAUAGGCAAAGAAUCCAUUCCAGAAAAAUAUGUUGAAGAGACUAAUGAAAUGGAUGCCGAUAACCAUAGUUUCUGUAGAUAUAGCGAGUGUUUCAUUGAUUGCAACAAUUCAUUACCACAAUUAGAUGAAGACCCCAUAGCAACUUCGACGACUACUAAUAAGAAAAUAAAGACGGAUCGACAUUUAAAAAGUGCACAAUCCUCAUAUGGGCAACGGCAGAAUGAAGAAGAAGAGUGUAAAAAUGAAUGCCACAAAGAAAUGAAGACCAUGCUCCAGGAUUUGGUGAGUAUGCAGAAACAAAUGAAUGACAGAUUUAAAGAUGUUGGAAUACAUACCGACAAAAAUAUCUUAAAUCAAAUGAGUAAAUUUACACAACCCAAUGCUGACAUUGAAGAAAACACUGUCCUUCAACUAGCCAAUCAAGACAAUUACGAGGAAAUUGAUCGCUUUGAAACUGUGAAAAGUUGGUUUCCAAUAUCAACGGUCGAACAAGCGCUUGAAUUAGAGGAUAAUAUUAAAAAUCACAAUUAUGGUGGAGAUUUCAUAGCUUAUUUAAAGUGGAAUGAAUACAACAGCGUUGACCAUCUUUUACGUAGUAUUUUCAAAGAUGAACUAAUAAAUCAAUAUAAUCUAGAUGGCCGAUCCGGAAAAAUGUCUUUCAUUACUUUCAAAUCAAUUCUAAAAUGUGUCCAAUGUGUAUUUUCGGCUAUCCCCGAAAAGAAAUUUUUAUACUUAGUUCGUAAAUACAUCAUACUCUGUCAUGGUAGACAUAAGUAUAAAAAAUAUAAUUUAAAGAAAAAAACAACUUUUGAAAAAGUGAUGAACCAUCAUGAUACUGAUUUGGAAAAUUUUACAUAUGAAUCAUCAGAAUGCGUUGAAAGUCCAGUUAUAGAAAAUGCAGAGGAAAUAGAAAUUGAUAUUGAAAGUGAACAAUUAACGAGUGAAAGUUUUGAGGUCUCGAAUUCACCAGGAAAUUUAUACAAUGAAAUUAAGAGGGUACACUCUCCUCUAAAUUUUGAAGAACAUGCUCGAAAAAGAACGAGAUUUUCGGGGCGCGGUGAGAAGCUUAAGAGACAUAAAGGAAGAUUUAUUGCCGGUAAUGAUGGUGCAGAGAGUUACGUCAAGCAACCAAAGAAAUCAGGCCGCACAUCAAGCUCUCACCAACAACAACGAAUGGAAAGUGUUGAUAAGGAAUACAAAAUGUUUGAAAUUUCAAAAAUGUUUCCUAUACAAAGCCAAGACCAAUUACUUGAAAUUGAACAAAAUAUUAUGGACACGGAUUGCGCUGAUGAAAUAUAUGAAUAUUUAAACAGGUUAAAAGGUAAAAAUGGCAAUAUAGACUACGUUCUACGAAAAAUUUUUUCGGACGACUUGAUUGCUAACUACAAUUUGGAAGGUCUGCAAGGAAAACAUUGCUUUCGCGACUUGAAUCUUAUUUCAGAUUGUUUAUUUAAGGCAUUUUCGGAAAUUACAAAUAUGGAAUUUAUGAAAGAAGUUCGUAGAUAUGUGACUAUGAGUCACUAUCGGACAAAAAACAAACGUACAAAAGCAACAAGGAAAGGAAUGUCUACAUAAUAAUUUCUGGAAGUUUUAUUAAAACCGUUUGAACAACAUUACAUUCACGAAUGCAUACAUAUAUAGAUUUUGGUUUUUUGAACUUAAGAGUAAUGACUUCAAAAUAAUGAAUUUGCUUCAUUUUAUUGGUUUUGUUUUUUUUUUUUUUUAAUAAAAGAAGAAAAGAAGUGGUAUCUUACAUUA